CAAAAACAAAAAGGAAAGAUUAAACACUGAAAAUUUUUUCCUAGGCUUCAUCAAAAUGUCUUUAGUGUAUCACUAAAAAUCAAUUUUUAGUCUUGAUUGUUUGAUCUACACUGGUACAUUCCUAGAAACGUUUAAUUCCUAUGGAAGUUAACAUUUACCAAGCUGCACAAUGCAUUCCUUUGUGCAGAACAGAGCUUUUCACUGAUGUUUGUAGACGAGUCUAUGGGGAUGUAAGUCAAGUCUGGGCAUUACCAGGACAUAUUCUAAUAACCACAGACAAUGGCAGGAAACUCUUCACAUUUGAUUGCAAGCCUUUGUCAUAUCAGAAUAUGUCAAACAUUGGAUGCCUGGAUAUAUCACAUCUAAGAUCUUCCCUAGUUGAUGUCUUUAUGGUGUCUGUGGAUACAGUAGCUCUGGUGGACUCAGCAGGUCAAAUGAAAUUCUGGCGGUUUGGUGCAGACUUUAGCUGGUCCCUGGUUGGUAAUCUAAGCCUUAGCACCUCAGGCAAUACAGAGGUUAUUAGUGUAGCAUACCUCUCCACACUCAGGUGCUUGCUGUGGUGUGAAAAAUCUUCACCUACUUCUGCAGUGACUACAUACUGUAUAUGUAAGAGGCAGUUACCUCGAGGAUUUGAACAUCAUGCAGAGACUGAUCAAAGCACAAGGGAAAUAAUUUUGUCUAAUUGCCCCCCUUGUGAAAUGUUGACCAUGUCUAAUGAUGUAGUUUUCAUCAGAAAUAAGUUUGUUCCUGAGCAUGUGUCAGUGCAUAUGAUGUAUGACUUCCAGAGCCAAUUGAUUGUCUUUUAUAUUGGCAAUGAGUCCAUAAGUUUCCCUGCUGUACCAGCUAUUGAUUUUCAAGAAACCAUGUUAAUAUGUGUGUCAUACUUAGCUAAGGCUGACCCAGGUCAAGGUAAUCUUGGUGUAAGGGCAGAUAAUUCAAGAGGAGAGGUUGCAGUAUUACAUUCUGGAGGUCAACUAGAAUACUACACUUGUUUCACAGAUACUGGUAAAAAGAAAAUGUCAAAGAAGAGCACAAUUUUAAAGUCAUUAAUAUGCGAAGAUUCAAAUUUAAAAUCUUCUGAUUGGUUUCUACACAAGGGGCAUGUAGGAGUAUUUGUUCAAGGAACAGUUCAUAUUUUCAGGUUGCAAGACUUUAGCCUUGUUUGCGUGACAAAACUUUUUACAACAUGCAACAUUUACCAGGUGAUCCCUAGCACAUCUCCAGCAUACUUUGCUUGGAUUUUAACUCAUGAACAAAUGUUUGGGUUGCAGGGAAAAGAUACCAAGGGGAAAGAAAUGUUUAACUCUGCUGACAAGUUGCCUGAUGAUCACCUGCUACAAACUGACGUGCUACGUAUUGCCCAUCUACAAGAGGAGAGGCUGGAAAACUUUGAUUAUAACACAAAUCAACAACUGGAAAAAUUAAAGAAACAAUACACUGAUGGCAAGAAUGUUCAACCUCAUUCACAAAUUUCACAAACCAUUGUUCCUUAUCUUGAAGAAUAUUGGCGUUUGGAGAGUCUGUUAAAAGUUCUCAUAGAAUCAAAAAUGGUUGUCAUGAAAGGGGAAGAAAAUGUUGGCGAGUCCAUGGUCUCUAGUUUGAUGGAGAUGCGUAGUUUGUCCAAGUCUUCACAGCAUGCUAAAAUGCUUUGGCUUUCACAGGUUUAUCCUGAAGAGCUCUUGAACUAUUUGUGUAAAGGGAUCACUAUAGACUGUAUUGUAGUUGACCAGAUGGAAAUUCCGAGGUGGCAGGCAGUUCUUGGAAUUGAAAGCAGCGAUCUGAUGAGUUUUGAGAUUAUCUGUCGUUUGUUGUUUCAACUCCACCCUGAUAAGCUACUGAACUUUGUUAAAUGUGCAGAAUCUGUUAGUGAACAUUCUGUUGGUGUCUCAGCUUUUGUCCGCAAGAAACAUACACUGAUCUAUUACAAAACUGCCUGCAACUGUCUUCCUGAUUGUGUAGCAUCAAGUAACCCUAAGAUGGCAGCCCUGGUCAAGUCUAAACUCAUUCUUGCUAGUGAAGUAAGUAAUUGUGUAGAGAAGGCAUUGAAGUACCUACUUCAGCAUGAGCUUUGGUCUGAGGCUGUUGAGCUGGUUAAAAACGAGGCCUCAAAUGUUGAGAAAUUGCCAUCAUACUUACAUAUAACAACUACAGCACUAGCCCAGAGCCAAGUGCUGACCAACUACAUUCCUGACUUGUUUUCCAUCAUGCCUUCAUGGAAAAGCUUCCUAUCAUUUGCUCAAGUGGCCACAGAACAGACAGCUGUUCGACAACAGCAAUUAUCAAAUUCAGUAGAGGAUAUUUUUGCACAGGCGAACAAGAGUGUAGGCCUGUCUACUGUCAAGCCAUUUUUACUGGAGUUAAUUAAAAAGAUGGAGCAGGGCUAGGGCAUAAGGACUUUAUGCAU